ACAACCAAAAUGGCCACCUUCGUGUUUGUUUAUAAAACUGUUCUAACCUCAAUUUACCGUUGUUGAAUUUUUAUAUGAAAAACUGAGAAUGUUCAAAGAUUCUUCGCCAUGAAGCAGCGUGAUCGAACCGCCGACAAUUGUAGACCAUUUAAAUUAGCCCAUCAAAUUCUGAGUCUCACCGGAAUAAGCUUCGAGCGAAAAAGCGUCAUCGGGUUUGUCGAGCUGACCGUCGUUCCACUUCGCGACAACCUGCGCCACAUCAAAUUAAACGCUAAACAAUGCCGUAUUUACCGAGUCGUGCUCAACGAAAGCUACGAGGCGCAGUUUCAGUACUUUGAUCCUUUCUUGGAUAUCUGCCAGGGCGAUGUGGAUAUUCGCUCGUUGGAGCAAUUCUCGAACUUGCAUCACCAGGCAGCGUUAAAAGUCGAUCCCGAUAACAGUGCAGGUGAGCUGGUGGUCGUUAUUCCGCAGGAAGCCGCUCAUUUGGUGGCGGAAGGGACGGCCUUACGAGUCGGGAUUGAGUUUUCUCUCGAGCAACCGCAAGGCGGGUUGCAUUUUGUUGUACCCCCUUUGGAGGGUACUUAUGCUGAAAGAGGCGUCCACUUGUACACUUACGGCCAUGAAAACUCAUCCAGGCUGUGGUUUCCUUGUGUCGACAGUUACGCCGAGCCCUGCACUUGGAAACUGGAGUUUACAGUCGACGAAGGAAUGACAGCAGUGUCCAAUGGGGAUCUUAUUGAGGUGGUAUUUACCCCGGACAUGCGACGGCGAACCUUCCACUACGUGCUGGGCAUUCCAACUUGCGCCCCUAACAUAUCUCUAGCCGUCGGCCCCUUCGAAAUCUACGUGGACCCCUUCAUGCACGAAGUGACCCACUUCUGCCUCCCCCAGCUGCUACCCCUGCUGAAGGUGACAACACGCUACAUGCACGAGGCGUUCGAAUUUUACGAGGAAACGCUAUCAAAUCGCUACCCGUACUCGUGCUACAAGCAGGUGUUUGUCGACGAGGUCGCGUACGAUUACAGAUCGUACGCGACGAUGAGCAUUUUAAACACGAACCUGUUGCACUCGGCCGUAAUCAUCGAUCAGUGCUACAUCACGAGACGUGCGAUGGCGCAAGCAAUCGCCGAGCAGUUUUUCGGAUGCUUCAUCUCCAUGCAGAACUGGUCCGAUAUGUGGCUGCCCAAAUCGAUCAGCCAGUAUUUGUGCGGAUUGUAUUGCAAGAAGUGUUUCGGGAAUAACGAGUACAGAGAGUACGUCCAAAGCACGCUGAGGGACGUCGUGAAGUACGAGGAGCAAUACGGCGGAAUAAUCUUAGAUCCCAGUCAGCCUCCUUCGCCUCUGCCGACAUCGUCCAGCACCCCCUCGAGCCACACGAAGCACCACGAGGCGCAAUUCUACUUCUCAAUUCGUAAUUUGCACACAUUAUCUCCACUGUACAUCGAGGCCAUGUAUAAGAAAGGUCUGCUAGUUAUGCGAAUGCUGGAGAACAGAAUAGGGUUGGAGUUGCUGUUGCAGGUGUUCAAUAAGCAAUUGUCGUUGGCGAUGAACGCGGCGGGACAAAAAAUUGGGAGCGGAUUGUGGAGUCACAUGCUUAUUAGUACGAUCACGUUUACUAAAGCGAUUUUUACCGUGACCGGGAAGGAUAUGAUCGUUUUUAUUGAUCAGUGGGUUCGAACUGGCGGCCAUGCCAAAUUUCACUUAAGUUCGGUGUUUAAUCGAAAAAGCGCAUUUACUCUGUCCGUCCUUCCGAGCCCUUAACUACAACAGUUUUCA